AUGGCAGCCCUCAUCAGCGCGUACUCGUCGUGGCCGGAGUCCUUCGAGUGUCCUCCAGGAGACGGGGACGUGCCCGACGGACACGGCCCGCACAGGACCCCCGUGGACAAGGCGCCGGAGCCGCGGAUCAGGCGGCCCAUGAACGCGUUCAUGGUGUGGGCCAAAGACGAGCGCAAGCGGCUGGCGGUCCAGAAUCCAGACCUGCACAAUGCCGAGCUCAGCAAGAUGUUGGGCAAAUCCUGGAAGGCCCUGACUCCCCCUGAUAAGAGGCCCUAUGUAGAGGAAGCAGAGAGGCUCCGGGUGCAGCACAUGCAGGACUACCCCAACUAUAAGUAUCGGCCUCGCCGGAAGAAACAGCUGAAGCGCAUCUGCAAGCGGGUGGACCCCGGCUUCCUUCUGAGCGGGCUGGCGCCUGAUCAGAACGCCCUGCCUGAGCAGCGAGCCCUGUGCCACCCCCACGACAAAGACGAGGGCAGCCCCAAUGGCAUCAGGAGUGGCUUCUCCAGCCCCAGCCCCGCUCUGCCCAGCGUCCGAAGCUUCAGAGACCCAGCCGGCUCCAACAGCAGCUUCGACACCUACCCCUACGGCCUGCCCACUCCCCCUGAGAUGUCCCCCUUAGAUGCCAUGGACCACGAGCACGUACCCCCUUCUUAUUAUUCCACGUCUGGUAACAGCUCCUCUGUGUCCUGCUCUUCCUCCUGCCCAGAUGAGCACCACCAGAAUCAGACACACAUGGGCAGCCCGCCCCCUUACCACACUGACUACGCUCAGACCCAAAUCCACUGUGGGGGCGUCCACAUAGGUCACAUCUCUCACAUGUCCCAAACUGGUGGUGGACUGAUACCCGGCCCUCCGCUGUCCUACUACAGUACCUCAUCUUUCCCUCAGAUUCACCACGGGCUCCACCAGGGCCACCUGGGUCAGCUGUCCCCGCCACCAGAGACACAGGGUCACCUGGAGACUCUAGACCAGCUGAGCCAGGCAGAGCUUCUGGGUGAGGUGGACCGCAAUGAGUUUGACCAGUACCUGAACUCCAAUGGGACCGGGUUCCACCCCGAGCAGGGCAGCAGCAUGACAGUUACGGGACACAUCCAGGUGGCGUCCGCCACCACCGCCUCUGCCACUGUGUGUCCCAGUAGCACCACAGAAACCAGCCUCAUUUCGGUGCUCGCGGACGCCACGGCGGCCUACUACAACAACUACGGCAUCUCGUAAGCUCGGCUACAGCUGAUCAGAGACACUGCAGGGUUUGAAAUGGGUGAAGAUAUUCAGGAUGAUGUUGCACUCGGGUGCCAGUCCCUUAUUAGCAUCCAUGAGCAACAUCAUCCCACCAUUAAAACCUGAACUGACUACUGAGCAAUAUGAUUGUCUGGAGCCGAGGAAAGAACAAAGAGCAAACGGAGGAACAUUAAAAAAAAAGGGAGAUGGACACCUCAGGGAUGCAGACACAAAAUACUAUAGUAUGCCACCUCCAGCUGUCACGCAAUUUCUAAACCAGAAGAACAAUCGUAAAAAGACUUGUCCACUUGUAAAUGUCACCAGUUACUGUUGCCGCCGCGGCAUGUACAGACGCUCCUUAGAAGCUAAUUUAAGUCCUUUUGAUGUUUCGCAUAAACUGUAAUGCUAUUAUCGAAUGCUUUUCCCAUUUCGAAUGUUUGUAUCAUAUGUUCUGGCUCUCGUUAGUCUGGGAGUCUUUACCUCAGUAGUUGUAAUUGAAUGAGGUUUUAGUUGGACAUUUCUUAUGCAAUUUAACAAAAAGCGGUGUAUAAUGAAGAAAAAAGGCGUUUAUACUUCUUCUCAAGUACUUAAUAAUAUAUAAUCAUAACCUCUACGAUGGAAAAUAAUAAUGGUAACUAUAACUGUAUGCUGAUUUAGGUUUGUGAAAGACAAUAAUUUAAAAUAAAGUUCAAUUUUUAUAUUAA